GGCAGCUGUUGCUUAUCAAGGACACACUAAAAGUAUAUUGUGGUGAUGUGUCAAGACACAGAAAAUAUUUAUAUUUGUGUGCAUAUAUAUUAAGAGUGUCCAUGUCUCCAAUCUCAGAGUAGUAACACAUCUUUGCCAGAAGACCUCUAAAAACAUUCCUGAGCUUUCUGGUGAGUGAAUCUGCUCUUUGGGAACUUCCUUUCCUUCUUCAGAGAGCUAGAACUGAGCUCCAGGAGGCUGACUUUCUACAGCAUGAAGCCUACACUGUGUUUCCUUUUCAUCCUCAUCUCCCUUCUCUCACUGAUGGUCCCAGGGAACACUCAGUGCUCCUUUGAGUCUUUGGUGGAUCAAAAGAUCAAGGAAGCUCUCCGUCGUCAAGAGGCUAAGACGAUCUCCUGCACUAGUGUCACGACUUCUGGCAGAUUGGCCUCCUGUCCUGCUGGGAUGGUUGUCACUAGUUGUGCUUGUGGCUAUGGUUGUGGAUCUUGGGAUAUCCGGAAUGGAAAUACUUGCCACUGCCAGUGCUCAGUCAUGGACUGGGCCACCGCCCGCUGCUGCCGAAUGGCUUAAGAAUGAGGAGGUUGAAAAACCAAUUUUAAAAUGAUGAGCAUACUGAAACCAUGGUCUUCACCAGGAAACCUGACUCAUUGUCUUCAUAAUGUAUUCUUAUUAUUAAAUAAUUCUUCUUGAAUAAUAAAGACAGACCUGCACCUGUGUACUGUAA